AAUUUUCUAUUACCGAACGCUAUCUGGAGCAUUCAAACAUUAAAGCAUCUUGUCGUUUUCCAAAAUCAUGGAAGUGGUGGUUUUGAAUUUCCCAUGGACAAUCUUGAAGGCUCCCCAGAUUUAGAACACUUAGAAACUUUAUCCCUUGUAAUCGAUCCCUCUUCUCAGAGUCAAAGCUUGCAAAAGAUACUCUCAAAGUUACCAAGCAUCCGCAGGCUAACGUGCGUGAAUGGGAAUCGCAAUUGGAAUUCUGAAUGCGACGCAUCUGCUGAAAAUCACGAUGGGAUUCUCGUGCUUGAUUACUUGAGUCGUUUAGAAUCACUUAAGAUGGGUGGAUUUUCCGGAUAUCAGUUUGAAUUCCCACUGAAUUUGAGAAAGUUGACUCUCUCAUAUAAUUGUCAGCCAUGGAGUAAAAUUUCAGCAAUUGGAAAGCUGCCCAACCUUGAAGUGCUUAAACUACACUCUAAAUCCUUUGUGGGGGAAAAGUGGGAAAUGGAAGAAGGGGAGUUUGGUAACCUCCAAUUCUUGGAAUUGUCAGGCUUGGGCAUUCGCUGGUGGGACGCCUCUUCUGAUAAUUUUUGCUGUCUUGAGAAAUUGGUUUUGCAUGAUUGUGGUUGGCUGGAAAAGGUACCUUCUUGUUUAGGGGAAACCCUCACUCUUGACGUGAUUGAGUUAAAAUGGUGUCAUGAGUCUGCUGUAAAUUCUGUGAAGCAAAUUCAGCAAGAGCAGAUGGAUAUGGGAAAUAAGGAUCUAAAGAUCGUUAUUAUUUAAAAUUGAUGACAGCCCAUGUUUUCUUCUUAGUGCCAACUCAGAAAGAUAGUCGAUUUCCUCUCAUCACAUUUUGCAAUGGGUACUGUGGAUGUAUCUUCCUGAGUGGGCAGACAGUCAAAAGCAGAGGGGGUUCCAUUUGUGUGACCCUUACAACCAGCUCAGCACAAAAAUAUAUGCCAGGCACACUUUUCUAUUCCUUUUAUACAUUC